ACACACACACACACAUAUAUACAUUUGCUAACGUUAGCCUGCUUGUAGUUAUGAGAGCAUUAAAGCUUGACACCGUUCAUGUUAAAGGAUUUAAGUGAAGAGGAAACUCCUCUGGACCCCGCUGUGCAUGAAUCUGUCCUGAGGUGAAGAGCUGUAAGUGUAAGGACAACAUCAUCUUCUCACAUCUCAUCAUGUCCUCCACCUCCUCCUCCUACUCCUCCUCGGGGGAAACCAGUCCGGAGGAUGUGCCGCGAGGUGGGGGCACCAUCCGAGUCUACCUCCCCAACAAACAGAGGACAGUGGUCAACGUUCGUCAAGGACAGACUGUGCACGAGAGUCUGGACAAGGCGCUCAAAGUGCGAGGCUUAAAUCAGGACUGCUGUGCCGUUUUCCGCCUUCUAGAAGGUCGUAAGAGACUGACAGACUGGGACACUGACAUCACUCCUCUGGUUGGAGAGGAGCUUUUAGUUGAAGUCCUUGAUGAUAUUCCGCUCACAAUGCACAAUUUUGUACGGAAAACCUUCUUCAAGCUCGCUUACUGUGAUUUCUGCCACAAGUUUCUGUUUAACGGCUUCAGGUGUCAGACGUGUGGAUACAAAUUUCACCAGCACUGUAGUAGCAAGGUCCCGACUGUGUGUUUCGACAUGGACACUGUGAGCAAACGGAUUGUUUUUAAUCCUUGCACAGACGAGUAUCCACAGAUACUAUUGCCAGAAAAUUCCCCGUCACAGAGUAAUCUAGCCUUAACCCCGGAGCCUCCUGGGAUGGACCUCUUGUCCCCGACCUCGGCCUUUCGCUUCCCCAUACCCAGUGGAGACGGUCAGUCUCUGCAGAGGCAUCGGUCCACGUCCACUCCCAACGUUCACAUGGUCAGCACAGUGGGUCCUGUCGGUGUCAGCAUCAUAGAGGAAGCACUAAAAUUCAACAACACAAUUGGUCCUGAACCUUCCCCAAAACUCUCCACCAGCCCGUCGUCCAAUCUCGGCUCCCCAGGUAGGAAACCACCAAAGUCUCCUUCAGAGCACAAGGAGCGUAAGUCCUCCUCGUCUGACGACAAAAAGAAAGUGCACCGAGGAGGCUACAGAGACUCGAGUUACUACUGGGAGGUUCAUUCUCGAGAGGUCAACGUUCAGAAGAGGAUCGGUGCCGGUUCCUUUGGAACAGUGUUUAAGGGGAAGUGGCAUGGGGACGUAGCAAUCAAGGUUCUCAAGGUGACGGAGCCGACGCCAGAGCAGCUACAGGCCUUCAAAAAUGAAAUGCAGGUCCUACGGAAAACCCGCCACGUCAACAUCCUGCUCUUCAUGGGCUACAUGACGAAGCCCAACUUUGCCAUCAUCACUCAGUGGUGUGAGGGCAGCAGCCUGUAUCGCCAUCUGCAUGUCACUGAAACCAAGUUUGACACGAUGCGGCGCAUCGACGUGGCCAGACAGACGGCGCAGGGCAUGGAUUAUCUUCAUGCGAAGAACAUAAUUCACCGAGAUCUGAAAUCAAAUAAUAUUUUCCUCCAUGAGGGCUGGACUGUAAAGAUCGGUGACUUCGGCUUGGCCACGGUGAAGUCUCGGUGGAGUGGAUCUCAGCAGGUGCAGCAGCCGAGUGGCUCCAUUCUCUGGAUGGCUCCUGAAGUAAUCCGAAUGCAGGACAGCAACCCAUACACGUUCCAGUCUGAUGUGUAUGGUUAUGGAGUCGUUCUGUUUGAGCUGAUGGCGGGGUUGCUGCCCUACGCCAAUAUCAACAACAGAGACCAGAUAAUCUUUAUGGUUGGACGUGGUUACUUGUCUCCAGACCUCAGUAAGCUGUCUAGUACCUCACCCAAAUCAAUGAAAAGGCUCAUAGUCGAAUGCUUAAAGUUCAAGCGUGACGAGAGGCCGCUGUUUCCCCAGAUCCUGGUGGCCAUCGAGCAGGUGCAAGACCUGCUGCCAAAAAUCGAGCGCAGCCGCUCGGAGCCAUCACUCCAUCGGGCCGUCCACGCCGAGGACCUGAACCCCCUCCUGUUCCACACCACCAGGCUUGUGCCCCUCUAAAGUUUGCUGCGGCACUGUGGUCAGAGAGGCUUCGUCUCUCUGACCAAAAGCCACAUAUUCCUGAGCCUGAGAGUAGGCAAGAGCCGGCCGCACCUGUCAGAACCAGCACCACCUGAAACCCUCUCUUUGUAACCCCUGCAGCAUCCUGGAGCUGCACCACUUAGUAACAACCUGCAGAAAUAACCACAACAUGAUGUUUGAAGUGAUAGUGAAAGUUCUGUAUCUUAUUGCUAAAAUGUCUUUGAUUGGACCAAUGAGACACUCUGAUCCUCUGAGCAGGUUUGAGGACGAUUAAGGAGUUUUCUACACAUGCACUGCAAAAAUGCUCUGCCCAUAUUCAGUGGUCAAGUCGUCUGCCGUUCACAUGCAGCGUGUUUUUAAAAAAAAAAAAAAAAAUGUAAAGAAACUUUUUCCCUGUGGGGCGGAGCUUCUGUUACAUUUGUCGUUACUGAGCAACCAAAACUGGGGAGCUGUUGAAAUAACUUAAGUUGCUGCAGCCUCAUGAAUUCAUUAAGGGAAAAUUAAUAUAAACAUUUGUAAAUUAUCGGCCAAAAAAAACAAUAGACCAUCUCUUAAUUAUCGGCCCAAAAAACAAUAGACCAUCUCUUAAUUAUUGGCCCAAAAAUCAAUAGGCCAUUUUUCAAUUAUUGGCCAAAAAACCAAUAGUCCAUCUCUCGGUUAUUGGCCAAAUAAUCAAUAGACCAUCUCUCAAUUAUUGUCUUUUUUAGCACAGUUUUUUAAAUGGUUAGCUGCUGCUGCUAAGAACAAUACUGUCUGUCAGAAUGUACAGUGACGUGUAACACUGAAGUUCUUCGUCACCGUUUGAAUUUGCACUUCCACUUCACUGCUGCUGUACUUGGACCCUUUUUAAACGUAGAAAAGCUCACUGUGUUACAGAAGAUAUUUUCACGCAGAUAAACCCUGUGCUGCAUGUGAACGGCCCCUGACAAGGAUCCUGUCAGGAGAAUUUCGGUCCACGUCACAUGACAAGCUCACAUACUGAUGUGCUGAGACGUGAGGCUGCUGAUGGUAAAGCGGAAGUGAAACUCCAUUCAUUCCUGCUCAAACACAUUUAAACAAUUAACAAUAACAACUUAAUCUGAGGACGGAGUGAAAUAUAAUCUACAAAUCCAGUUUCCCAAAACAUUCUAUAUUUAGAGCCACUUUUUAAAAAAAUAACCAAACAUCAUGAAAUGAGACAUUUAAGGAAAUGUAUAAACAUUUUGGGAAACACUGGACUUUCCCACAACAUGACGCAGCUAAAAAUGCUGCUUCUCUAUUUACAUGCUGAAAUUACACGUUUAGGGUUUCUGGAACUUAUCAGAUUUUAUUUUUAUUUUCCAAUAUAAUUAGAUUGGGAAUGACGUCGUCGUCCAAAGUUCACGUCCUCAAUCAGUCCCUCUUUGUCUCUCAUGUCAUCAAGCUUCCAUUAAUGUCCAAUAAGUCAAAUUCAUGUAGUGUAAUCGGACCUGUGGACACAUAUCUUUAUGUCAGACAUUAGUUAUUGUUCCUAAAUCACUGUAUCCACUAUUAAGUCUUAAAUCCACCAUCUUCACACACUGUCAAUCCUUGAGAUUAUACAGUGUCUACUAAUUAGAUUGUAGAUAGUUGUUUGGACCAAUAUUUUGUACAAAAUAAUCUUCCCCCCAAGGUGUGAUACUGAAAUAUUGAUGAAAUAUUAAAUGUCCACUGUGUAAGAAUUAGUGAAUUAGAGCGUUUGGGGGGAACUACGGUGGCCUACAUGUGCCAGAAAGGAUGAUGUCAUAAUGCUUCAACGCGUCAAAACCCUUGUGCUUUGGCUGCCUCUCUGGAGCAAGGCCCUGGCCAAAGACUAAAAUAAAGGCUCAUGGUGCGUUCCAGUUGUCGUCGGAAGUUGGAAUUUCCGUGUUGCCUGACAGGAUUCCAUGAUGGCUGCCACUUGCGUAAAAAAAACGAAACACUACUUUUGCUGUUAAUUGCACUUCUGUCAUGUUUGUGUCGUACAGUAUAGUACUGAACAAAAAUACUGUGUAAAGCAAUGUUAUCGACUGGUAUUGCUAACCAUGGCUAGCCCCCAGAUAGGUUUGCGAGUCUUCAAACCGACUUCCGAUAUAAAUGGAACGCACCGUUAUUAUUAUUCUACAAAAGUCAAAUGAUUUUCGUUGCUAUUAUACACUCAAAAAAAAACAGCUUGUGUGUGUAUAUGUAUACACACACACUGAACCUUUAUUGAAGACGGAUGUGAGGGUUUCUCUCCGUUGACUGACAACAUUUAACACAUGAAAUUUUGUGAUUGACAAUCCAGGUUACAGUCGAGACACCUUUUUUAAUGUAGAGCGUUGUUGUGAGGAGUUAACUUCAGUCUUAUUGACGGUUGUCGGCUGUUUUUUUGCUGCUUCGUUUAGCGAGAUGGUAGUUGUUCUUUUUUUCUCUCCAUGUAGAGCGUGAGACACGCGUGUGUCUCACCCUCAAAGUAGGCAACAAGUCUUCAGUCCCGUCUUAUGGCUCUUUUCCAUUGCACAGUUCUAGCACGGCUCGGUUUGGUCACGUCGUCGUUUUCCAGUCAUUCAUAGCUCCUCCUCAACGUGGGCGGGGUCGUCAUAGCACGGCUGCGUCAAACUGCUGUAACUUGGUUUUAUACGUGAAACCGAAAAUCACGAUCUUGAAAGCAAAGGUGGAAACUGGGAAUUGACCACGCCCCCAGUGUUGUGUUUGUAGCCAUCGUAGCUACACGGUAGCUCCUCCCACUAACCCGAAGCUGCUGCCGACUAAUGGAGACCAUGGCAACCGCUGAUUUUGGGGCGACACCUCGACCGAACUUGAGCCCCGCCCCGCUUCUUCUUAUAUAAACGGUGUGGAAAUAUUCUGCGUUCCCCCGCGACUUUUGUAGGAAACGAUGUUCUGGGCGUGUUAGCAAAGCACAGGGCGUCUCCACGUGCAUCAUAAGGACGUAGACGUAACCACGACAACAACUCUUCUGUCCUCAGAGCAAAAACUUGGUUCUCGUCGGACUAACGUGUUUACAUGACUUUGAGAAAACUGACUUAUUGUCUUGGUCUUUGACUUUUAACGUGAACGUAAACACACUUAGCGUCACCUCUGGGUUUCUUCUGUCGCUGUCAUUGUUUUGUGGUUAAAAACUUUUCUUGUUGAGCCCUUAAAGCAAAUGCUCAGGUGUUCUCUGCUUCAGGAAGCAAUAAGUUUCUAAACAAUAAAGUGCAAGACGAGGUGCCUUAAAUUUGAGACCAGGUUAAAACAAAUAAAGGCGACACAUGGUGGAAAGAGAGAAGAUGUUGUCACUUUCACGUGAAACUGUUUGUUUUUUGGGUUGGAAACCAUGGCUGUCGUGGACUGUGGUUCUGAUGGUUCUGCCGUAGUUUUCAGCCGUUUUUUGUCAGGGUCAAAAUCUGAUUUCCGUCUUUCACGUAUUUAUUGAAGGUGGAUUAAAUUGUUAAAUGUUGUCUCACGUCUUUUCAACCAGAAUGUUCUCUUAAGGCGGUACUGUCUCUAACUUCACAUCACUUUCAAGCUGCAUCCACAUUACGAUGUCCUUUUUUUUUUUUUUUAAAUGACCCCCAACAUUUUAGAAAAUAGAACCAAUCAGAAAUUUCUGCUAGACCCAGUUUAGUUUGACUAUUGGACAAGAAAAAACUGUUUUAGUCUGGACGAGCAAAAACUGUUUAAAUCUUAGCUCUGACUUUUCACCGUUUACCGAGUAUUGACUAAAAACACCAGUUGCGAUUUUUGUGCAGAUGAUGAAUUAUUGCAUCGAUAACUCGGAGUGGAAAUCGCCAGAGACGCCGCGAUACGUUAUAAUCAUGGUAUUGCGAUAUUUGCUAAAUCGUUGGCAUAUACUCACACAAAAGCUCCAGUGGAAGUGAGCGCCACAAUUAAGAAAUCUUGUAAAAACAGACCCUGAAAAAAAUCGUAAAUACAGACCACGGAAAGAAAGUCUCGUAAAAGUGGACCCUGAAAAAACUUUCUCGUAAAAACGUGGUGUGGAUGAAGCUUUAUUUUCUUUAAUUUUUCCGUUCACUUCGGGGCAUUUUUUUUCUUUUCUUUUUUCUUUGACACCUUGAGCACAAACACAGUCGUGGAGGCAUUUUAACGUAGGUUUUCACUACGACUGACAUUUAUUCAAUCGUCAGAACUGUAAACGUAGCUUGUCGUUGUUAGCGAGUGGUUUGUGGUUUAAAUAAAACUUGAGUCUGUUUUCAAUAUUUAAGGCGUAGGUUAGCAAAGUUCGGCUGCUGAAUGGAACAAAAACAUUUUUGAGCAAUAGUAAUAAUGAUAAUCAUCGUAGCGCAAAAUGAGGAAUGUUUUCUAACGACGUCGGAGCAGGAGUGAGCUCGGCUAACAACAAUGUUAGCAUGAAGUGAAAGGGUUAUUUUUUUAAAUAAUAAAAGCGUGGACUGAGACGGACUUUAAAUACAACUGUGUUUAUCUGGAACGAGAAGAAAGUGCCACACUCACUGGAAAUCCCUAAAAAAAAAACUUUAUCAAAACUCACUCACACGACGCUGAGCUUCCUCUGUAGACCCGCAGGGGGCAGGGGAGGGGGACGGGGAGGGGUCUUAACACAGCAAUUUGAGGUGCACAGAGCUGUAACAGUAGUUUUCUUUUUGUCUUUUCAUAUCUGUAGGUGAAUUCCAACACGUGUUGAUAGUUUAUGAGGUGUCAGGGUUUGUUCCAUAUUCUGCUGUGUACAGUUACAUUUUUUUUUUUUUUUUUUAAUUACAAAAUUGUACUUGUUUCUAUUUUUUGUGUGAUGGUUUUAAAAAAAAAAAAGAACAAAAUUAUUUUAAAGUGUAAAGGAAAUCUUAGUAUUUUUAUCUUAAAAUAUUGAUGCAGGAUUUAUUCUUUAAAUAAAUACAUUUCUUCUGUGUUA